AUGGGAGUGGAGGACGUGGCUUAUCCUGAAGCUGACUACUGUGGUUGUAUUGCAGCCGCUGAGGGAACCGAAUUAGACGAGAGUGGCCUUGAGAAGAGGAAACACGAGUAUCUCCGAUUCGGAAAGAGAAAGCACGAGUACCUGCGAUUUGGCAAGAGAAAGCACGAAUAUCUGAGGUUCGGAAAGAGAAAGCACGAAUAUCUGCGUUUCGGGCGCAAGUAG